AUGACGUUAGUAGAAGACAUGGGAGCAAAGGCGUUAAAAGUCUUCAGUGACUCAUUGCUAAUAGUUAGCCAAAUCAAAGGAGAAUUCGCAGCGAAAGAUUCUAAAAUGGUUAUAUACCAAGGGACCAGAAUAUGCAGGGCAGACGCACUGGCCAACCUUGGAUCCUCCUCAAGGGACAUUUCGUUCACUUCCGUCCCUAUAGUCCAUCUAGCAAAUCCAGCAGUCGCUAUGAAUGGUGGAGAAACCGUCGCGACAACGAUCGAAUGCCUUCAAGACGACGGCGACAACGACCCCAAUGCUGAUCAUGAUGUCGCAAAGGACAAAGGCGAAGCCACGACAACGAAUGACCUCGAUGGUGAGGAGGUAAUUGUCAGUUGGGCAAAACCGUUUGUUGACUAUCUUACUAACGACAUACUUCUAGCAGAUAAGGCAGAGGCACGCAGAAUCCGAUUUAAAGCGUCGCGAUACGUGCUCAUUCAAGGAGUGUUGUUCAAAAAGUCUGCCGCAGGCCCCUACCUGCGUUGUUUGGAAAAAGAUCAGUGGAAGCAAGUCUUAGAGGACCUGCAUGAAGGGACGUGUGGGAACCACUCAGGAGGACGUAGCUUAUCCAACAGAGCGUUGCGUAUGGGUUACUAUUGGCCUACAAUGAAAAACGACGCAGUAAGGUACGUCACCAAGUGCGAUAGCAGUUAA